UCUACAUUCAGACAAUAGAAUUGAAUAGGCAUUAGGGAAAUUUAGUUUAGGCAUUGAAGUGAAUUAAUUGUCUUAGGCCGAGUUGGUGGGUAUCCAAAGUUCAGCCAGGCCGAACUUAAUGCCUUUUUACUUGUGUUCAUAUACAAAAUAGCUAAACAAAUAUAAAUAUUUGCUAAAAAGGUUUCCGACUGAUAAGAAAAACUCUGGUUCCAGCACCAAUUAUGAACAAAAUGUGUCUACCACCAACAAAUUAUCAAAACAAAGUGUCUUUGCUAAAAGCGAGUACGUUAUCACAACAGCUUGUCGCCUCGUCUUUGUAUAAAUAACCCAAAUGUUUGGAUUCUGCCCUAAGUCGGUGAUACGAUUAAAGUGGACUCCCGAUGGCUAAGAGAUCAUUGUCGCUGUUCCAAGUGCUACAAUGCCAGAACGAAACAAAGACUUUUCAAUUUGGUGGAUAUGCCCAAGGACUUGAAGGCAAAGGAUUUAAAAUACACAAAAGAUGAUAGUUUUCUGGAGAUAACAUGGCAUGAUGGUCACGUUUCCGAAUAUCAAAUCGAUUUCAUUGUUUCUUCGCAACAUGACAGAUUUCUAGAAAAAUUGGAAAAAGACACCACCCGAACCCUAUGGGAUGUACCCACAAUUGAGAAGAAUAAAAGCCAGCUAUAUUUUAAACUUGGAGAUUUGUCCACCUCUGACGCAAUGGUUAAAGAUUUGAUGGGCUCCCUAUAUCGCUACGGCUUGGUAUUUAUUACAGAUGUUCCGGCUACAACUACUAUGACCGAGAUGGCAGUAAGACGCGUAUUCCCCCUAAUGAAGACGCUGUAUGGAGAGAUGUUUACAUUUGCCCAAGAUUAUCUGCACGAUGAUAUUACCUAUUCGCAUGAUUACAUUGGUCCUCACACAGAUCACACCUAUUUUUGUGAUGGUGCAGGUCUACAGGCCUUGCACUGUGUGUUACAUACCGGUGAAGGUGGUGAGAAUUUCUUUAUUGAUGGUUUACAAGUCGCUAAGGAAUUACGCCGCAGAAAUCCCAAGGCCUUCGAUAUACUCUCAACGGUUCAUGUGCCCGCUGAAUUUUUCGAUAAGGAGGAAUGCCAUAGAUUUUCAUCGCCCACGAUACGUGUCGAUCCAGUGACAAAUGAAAUUGUUCAAUUCCGUUUGAAUUUGUACGAUCGCUCGGUAUUCGAUACCAUACCGCAAACGGAAAUGCGUGGUUUCUAUGAGAGCAUGCGUGAAUUUUUGUCCAUUGUGCAUGAGCCUCAACAUUGGUGGCAAUUGAAAAUGAAUCCUGGCACUGUGGUAAUCUUCGAUAAUUGGCGUUUAUUGCAUGGACGAUGCGCAUACACGGGCCAACGUGCCAUGACCGGAUGUUUUGUUCAAAGAACUGAUUUCCUGAGCAAAGCCCGCUUGGCAGGCAUCAUUGAAUGAGGUUCUAUGCGGAAUAUGAAAUUAGUGAAAUUUUUGUGUACAAAUUUUUAAAUGCUUUAUAUAUGAAUAAAUAGGAAAUUAAAGAGA